CCAAAUAUUCAACUACAUUUCCUUGUUUCCAUCGACAAACCAGCCAUACUUGACUCCCCAAACUUUUCUUCUCCAAAUUUCCUUCUCCCAAACACUUUCUUUUCUUUCUUUCCUUCUGCAAACACAAAUACUAAGCUAUGAACUCCCCCACAUUACCCAAAUCAUCCUCCACUUCACCAUCUUCUCUCUUCCAUUUCAACUCCCUUUCUUCACUCACCCCCAGAAAACCACUCCCACCCCUAGAUCUCCGUUUUGCCAACCAACAUCCCCGUCAUCCCCUCCAUGUCCCCACCCUCAAGCUCAGAGCUUCUUCUUCAUCCCAUUCUGAACCUUCUUCUAAUGGCAGCACCAGACACCCAACUGUUCCUAUACUCCAACGCUAUGCAAAAGCAGCCAUCUUUAUCGCCGCCGGCGCCGCCAUGGUCGUCAAAUCCUCGUACUUGCCGGCCAUCGCGGAACCUCCAGCGGCUGUUGCCGAGAAACUUGACGAGCAAGACCAAGAAGAAGACCCCGUUCAAAAGCCGGCCUCUUCCCCGCUCUCGGAGUUCCUGGAAUCGAAUUCGGAAGCGAUUGAAGCUCUGAAGUCCCUUCUGCAGCAGAAGCUCGAGAACGGCGAGGAUGAGGAGGCUUUGAAGAUAGUGAAGCGUUUGGUGUCGGCGCAGCCGGAGUCGAAUGAAUGGAAGUUUCUCAUGGCAAGGUUGCUGAGCGAAAUGGGCGAGACCGAAAGUGCACGCCACGUGUUUGAAGAAAUUCUCGAGAGGAAUCCCCUCUCGUUUGAGGCCCUGUUCGAGAAUGCAUUGUUGAUGGACCGACGUGGGGAAGGCGAGGAUGUGAUCAAGCGGUUGGAGGAGGCUCUGAGGACUGCGGAGGAGGAGCACAAGGCGAAGGAAGCAAGGGAUGUGAAGCUGAUAAUUGCCCAGAUACAGUUCUUGCAGAAGAAUGUGGAGGAGGCUUUGAAGAUUUACCAGGAGUUGUUGAAGGAAGACCCGAAUGAUUUCCGGCCGUAUUUCUGCCGGGGAAUGAUCUACAGUUUGCUUGACCGGAAUGUGGAAGCUAGAGAGCAGUUCGAGAAGUACCGGCAGCUUUCUCCGAAGAAGUUCGAAGUGGAAGGCUACUUAAGGACGCCAUUGUCAAGGAUGAAGCUUUUUGGAACCGAUGAGAAUUGAGGAUAAUUGGAUAGUAGCCUUUGCAUUGCAGUGGUGAGGUAGUAGAGGUGAAACGCUUAAGAGGCAGAGACACUGAGACUGAUAUCAUAAUUUUGCUCUUUUUUGUUAUAAGUAAGCAUUUUUGCACUUUGAAAAUGAAUCCACCCGACUAGUGAUGGAAAUAUAAUUUAGAGAAUAAAAGAAUGAGAAGUUGAUUUUGUGUUUGAAUGAA